AUUACAAUUAAUUGAUCAAUUUUAUAGUCUAAUCAAAUCUAAUCAGAGACCCUAUAUGUAAAACACACUAGUGAAUCAAUAGCUCCAUAAAUUACUUUCAUAAAAAAAUCUACAUAGUAUUUCAUUUCGUAAAAAUAACUUCACCUCAAAAAAAUUAACCUAAAACAACUCCCAUUCUCCUCACGAGCCGGGCCCCACCCAAUAAGAAAUCUGGGUUUAUCAUUAAACAAAAAAAAUAAAAAAGAAAAAUAAGAAAGGUCCCUGACUUCCGAUCGUCUCCUCUGAAAUCUUGUUACCCAGAUCUUCAACCCACUAAACCUGGGAAGAGAGAGAUAGUGACGCUAAUUCUCAACUUCGAAUUCUCUGCUAUUCUGAACCACAUUAUUCAAUUCUUCUCUUUUAUUAUCUCAGUGUGAUGAUUAUGUAGGUGUGAAUUGAAGUACAUCGAAGUCUAUUGGUGAUUGCUUGUUGUGUUAAAUUAUUAUGGGGGAUUUGAUUUAUGAAAUUGGGCAAAAUGCGUAUAUAAAGCUAGUGCUACACGCCUUAAAGCAUAAGGAGAGCUCUGUUAAUGGGGUUUUGGUUGGACGCUUUGAUGGUGGCAAGGGAGUGGUCGAAAUUGUUGAUGCUGUCCCUCUUUUUCAUUCGAACAUUGGUCUUCUCCCGGCCCUUGAGAUCGCCCUGAUGCAGAUAGAAGAGCAUUAUGCUAGUCAAGGUUUGAGCUUGGUGGGUUACUUCCAUGCAAAUGAAAGAUCUGAUGACAACGAUCUUGGUAAUGUUGCCAAGAACAUUGGAGAUCAUCUUUGUCGAUACUUUCCUCAGGCUGGAGUUCUUUUGCUGGACAACAGCAAACUGGAAGCUUUACCAAAAGUGAAAGAUCGCAGCCCUGUAAUGCAGCUAUAUUCAAAAAAUGGUUCCACAUGGAAAGUAGAGGAGAGUAAUCGGCUGGUAUUAAAGGAGCCAUCAGCAAACAUUAUAUUGUUGGACUAUGUAUCAACUCAGAAAUGGGAGGACAUUGCAGACUUUGAUGAUCACCUCGACGACAUUAACAAGGAUUGGCUUAACACUUAUUUAUUCAAGUGAGAUUUUUAAAGCAGCUAGACAGCAUUCAUCUGACUAUGUCCUGUUGAAUAUGGAAUAUGGAAUUUGGAGCAAAGGAAAAUUGAACGAUAAGAUGAAUUAAUAGGUUCAGAUCUCAUGAAUUUUCUCCUUGUCUUUAAGCUUAAAUUUUUGGAAAUUCUAAUGAAUUAUUUGUAUCGCCUCUUGGCUUUUUUACAUUGCCAAUAGCUAAUCAGGAUUUUGACCAACUCGUAUUUGAGGACUUGCAUGCCUUCACUUUCAUUACUCUUUUAGUCUUCUGCUGUAUCCCUUUUGUUGAUUUUUUUUUUUCGAAAACUAGAAAGGUACAGUAGUUAAAUUAAAUUUAAAUGGUAAUGUAUGUUAAAUUUCCUUGCGCAAGGCACCUACA